CCAAACAUUGAUACUCUUCUCAGUUCUAGAUUUUUGGAUCUUUGUCAUAUUCCCUAACUCUACUCCUGCCUGUGUUCCCAUCCACGCUCCCUCUCUCUCAUCUUGUUUGAGUCACUUUUUAUCUUGAUACCAUUGGACUAUUUCUAUGAAUUAAAAUCCUUUCUUCUAUUACAAAAAAUUGAAAAGCUGCGUGGGAGUGGGAGAGGGUGUGAUGAAUGAGGCAAAGUGAGGAGUGAGGAGUGAGGAGGACCUUAAACUAUUAUUAGUGGCACCCAUUUCAUUCCUGCAACUGCUACUUAUCCAUAUUUGCAUCUUCUUCUUUUUCUUCUUCUUCUUCUUAUUGCUGGGGACCACGACCAUUGAAAUCGAUCCUCUAUCGUUAUUAGUAAUUACUCCUUUCUCUUCUGUUCCUCUUCCACACAACCUACCUGCUGACUUACUUCCCACACACACUUACCAAUAACACCGCCACCAUCCACCAUGGCCGCAACACUCUCCCUCUCCCUCUCUUUAGACCCCCAAACCCACCACCACCACCGAUUCUUCUUCCCCAAACACCACACGCGCCAUUUCGCAUACUCACUCCCAAAUUUCCACAUUUACCCUUCACAAUCCUUCAAAAUCUCAUCUUCCACCCCUUCCCAUUCUCGCUCCUCAACAACAUCACCACCACCACCGACGCCAAUCUCCUCUCUGUACCUGGACGACCCCUUCCGCACAGGUCGCUUCCUCACCAACGACGAGCUCGACCGCCUCCGCUUCCUGGAAUCCUUCGUCUACUCGGAGGACCUCAAAUCCGGCUCCAUGUGGGUCCGCGUGAUGCGCCCCGACGAGACCGACACCACCGUCGCUCUCCUCGCCGAAUCCUUCGCCGAGUCAAUGAUGCUGCCGCCGGGGUACGCUGGGCUGCUCAGGUUCCUCAUCAAGAAGUACCUUCUGGAGAGGAGAACCCUCAUGCCUCACAUGGCCACGCUCCUUGGAUUCUACAGAGAAAACGCUCCUAAUCAGGGAGAACAACAAGAACAAGAAGUGAAAUUCGCGGGAACUGUGGAGGUUUGCUUUGACCAGAGGGGUGCCAAUACUUCCAUGCCUUCGCCGCUUCCUCCGAGGAACUCGCCUUAUAUAUGUAACAUGGCGGUUCACAAGUCGCUUCGGAGGGGUGGCAUCUGCUGAAGGCAAGUGAGGAACUAAUUUCUCGGAUGAGUUCUUCAAGAGAGGUUUACUUGCACUGCAGAAUGAUUGACGAAGCUCCAUUUAGCAUGUAUGAAAAAGCAAAUUAUAAAGUUGUAAAAACAGAUAGUAUUUUAGUCCUGCUGAUGUUGCAGAGACGAAAGCACCUGAUGUGCAAGAAACUUCCUCUGUCGAAUAUGCCUUCAGAAACAGAUCUCUCUGGUUCAGAUGAGUAAAAUAUUAGACAGAUGUAUACACAUGGUGCAAAAUACUGUUGAGGUUUCCAUUAUGCAUGUAUUCAUAUACUAGGAAUCUAUGUUUUCCAUCAGCACAGUAGCCUAUCAAAGAAACAAGAUUUGGGUGGUCGAGUCUGCUCAAGAUGUCCACUUCAACUCGGAACUCACGUUCCCCCUCGGCUUCUUUAAUUGCUGGCAGCGCCAUCUUCUUGAUUGCGACGACCUUGGAAGGAAGAUGUUGUAUUAGUAUGUAUAUAUUUGUAUCUAAAUUUCAAAUUUUGAGCUAUUUUGAAAUAAGCAUGUGUUUUCCUUCCUGUAAAAUACAACUGAUGUUAUAAAAUUUUGAGAAUCAUGAUGAAUUCUUGUGGAGAAUAAACUUAUAUCCAGAGCUUGUUACCU